AUGGGACCAAUUCUAUGGCUGGGCCAUCUGUCCCUUUCACUGUUUUAAAUACAAAUGAAGCUUCUGUCUGAAUGGAUGCCCUACUAAAAGGAGGAAAGGAGAGAAUAAGCAUUUAUUAAGCACCUACUGCUGGUGGACAGACACAUCUAAAAGAACAGGAUAUGACUGAAUAAAAAUCUCUACUUCAAGCAAGACUCCUUUGAACCACAACCACCACAUUGGACAGACAGUGACAACUUAACAGAUUAUAAAAUGCCACUUUUUAGUUGGAUGAAGUGGUCAAAAAGAGAAUCCCAUAAAUCCACACACUAUCCAGGUUCAGAUGUAGUAACAAAGACUCUGCUUCGGGAACUCACAUGGCACCUAAAAGAACGUGAGAGAUUAAUACAAGAGAUUGAAAAUGAAGAAAAAGUGAAAAAAACUGGUGCAGAUUACAAUUGGCUAAAAACCUACCAGAAUCCUCAAGCAACGAUCCCAGCUACUGAACAAAGACAGCUUGAAGCUCUCUGCUCACAAGUUCAACCUUGCCAGACUGGAACUAUUCUCAGCAGAUUUCGAGAAGUUUUAGCAGAAAAUGACGUUUUGCCAUGGGAAAUAGUCUACAUCUUCAAGCAAGUGCUAAGAGAUUUUCUAACCAAUGCAGAAAAACCAAGUCAACAAGAGGAACUGGAAGACACACAGAACACAAACUGCUCUGUCCACUUUGGAGUUCUAGGUGAAAGUACCAGGAAUUCAGAGAAAGAAGAAAUUCCUACUAUUUCAAGUUACAUUGAUAAAAACACAAAAAAUAUGUUCCCUACAUUCUCACAGAGAAUAUGGAAUCUGCCAUAUUACUAUCCAUCAACUUAAGUCACUCAUCUUCAAUCAAGUUAUUUAUUUGUACAAUUUUAAACUUGAACCUACAACAUGAAAUAUAGCUUAGAAAUAAGAAAAUGUGAUGAUUUCAUGUUACCCUUUGUUACUAAAAAGUUUACCAUUCUUAUGGAUGUGCUUAUAUUUUCUAUAAUUAGAACUAUCCUUAGUUAUUGUACAAAAAAUGUCAUGUUUUCAUUUAGCAGUAACAUUUAACUGAAAUGUACAUUGUGGCUUUCUUAAGUAAAUGUUUGAAAUAUUUCCCUGUUUUUACCAUACCUCUAGCAUAUACUACAGCAAACAAACUAAUUUUAUGUACUUAAAAUGUAACUAACACUUUGUAAAGAGUGGAUA